AUGGCGGAAGCCCUGACAACUCAGGAGCAGCUGGCAGUGGAAGAGUUCCUGGGUGAAGUGCGGAGCAGAGAGCAGCCACGCAGUGCCGGGCUCGUCUCCCAGCCAACAGCUGUGAAGUUUCUUAUGGCCCGCAAAUUUGAUGUCUCCAGAGCUGUUGACCUCUUCCAGGCGUACAAGAACACAAGAAUCAAAGAGGGCAUCAUCAAUAUCAACCCUGACGAGGAGCCUCUUCGCUCUGAGCUGCUGAGUGGUAAAUUCACAGUCCUGCCCGGCCGCGAUGCUAAAGGUGCUGCUCUAGCCCUCUUCACAGCUCGCCUUCAUCGGCCAGAUGUCACUACCCACAAGGCUGUGCUUCAGGCCAUUAUCUAUCAACUGGAUAAAGCCAUAGAGAGUUUACAAACUCAAAGAGAUGGACUCAUAUUCAUAUAUGACAUGACCAACUCCAGCUACAGCAAUUUUGACUACGAGCUGUGCGUCAAGAUUCUUAAUUUGCUCAAGGGUGCUUUUCCAGCACGUCUAAAAUGCGUCUUCAUUGUGUCCUCACCUCUCUGGUUUCGGGCACCGUUUGCAGUCCUCCGUUUGUUUGUGCGUGAGAAGCUGAGAGAACGGGUGUGCACAGUAAAAGCUCAUGAGUUGGUGAAUCACAUCCCAGUCUCCUCACUUCCUGAACACCUGGGUGGGACAUCCCAGUACAGCCACGUGGCUUGGAUCCAGUCAUGUGUUAAUGUUCAAACCAACACUGUCCAGGGGGACACACCAGAACAGGACACACAUGACUGUGUGGGAUGCCUGCUACGCUCUUACACCUUAGAGUGCAGCAACACAAGCGCAGGCACAACACUGUCCCAUACCCAUAUAAAUACACAGCUAGGUAGCGAGUUAGCCAUCGCUAACUCCAACUGCUAUGAUGACGAUAAUGCUAACCCACAGAACCACUGUACUGUGGUGGAUGGCAGGACUCGAGGCCUAGGCCAGUAUCAGCAGAGCCCACAUUCUGGAACAAACAGACUGCAGGGAAAACACCAACACUGGAACGGCUCAACUGUGAGCGAAGCCAACACGUCAGCCGUCAGUGGCCCCAGUCUUAAUGCUAACAUGAAUGGUCGUGGCCACCAGGUUCCCCCUCAGUCAAGCACGCCACCAGACACGCCGCUUUCUCAGAAAGGUGAUGGCGACGUGGUGGACGGCAAGGAGACAAACUCCGUCCGUAGACCUCAGAGCGACGGUGUCGAAUGCGGGGGUGAGGAGGUCGUUGAAGAAGGAGUAGGAGUGCCACCGUUACCACAAAAAUCUCUGCCUCGUCAACCACACCAACCUUACUCUCAGUUCCCGGGCUUAUCUUCAUCAUGUGAUCCCGAUGAUGCAGAACGAUACAUGGACAUGUCUGUUCACAUGCCUGAGGAGGGCGGCAUGACGGUGCAAGAGCUGGUGGAAUAUGUGAAGAGAAAGAAGAAAAAGGGGAUUUAUCAGGAGUACGAGGACAUCCGCAAGGAGCCACCUGCAGGCAGCUUUGAUUACUCCAAGAAACUGUCCAAUCAGAUAAAGAACAGGUACAGCGAUGUUCUCUGUCUGGACCAUUCACGGGUGAGACUGUGCCAGCUCUCUGAUGAUGAGGAUGAGACAUCGGAUUACAUUAAUGCCAGUUUCAUGGAUGGGUACAAGAGAGGCAAUGCCUACAUUGCAACUCAGGGUCCACUGCCAAAAACGUUUUGUGACUUCUGGCGUAUGGUGUGGGAACAAAUGGUACUUAUUAUUGUCAUGACCACCAGGGUGGUGGAGCGUGGACGGGUCAAGUGUGGUCAGUACUGGCCCCUUGAGGAGGGCAGGACAGAGCAGUAUGGAUAUUUUUUAGUCAGGAACACACAAAUCCAGGUUUUCCAGGACUUUAAAGUCUCCCUUCUUGAACUUUACAACACCCAGUCUGGAGAGAGCAGGGAGGUGUGUCACUACCUCUAUGUCAGCUGGCCCGACUUUGGGGUGCCCAAAAGUGCCUCUGCAAUGCUGGACUUCCGUGAGCAUGUACUUCAGAGGAGGAAAGAUGCGGUCCAAAGACUGGGGUCUGGUUGGACAGGCCCUCCGGGAGGCCCUCCUGUGGUUGUGCACUGCAGUGCAGGCAUCGGCCGCACAGGUACCUUCUGUACACUGGACAUUUGUCUGUCCCGGCUGGAGGACAUUGGCACAGUGGAUGUCUGUCAGACAGUGCGACGGAUGCGUACACAGAGGGCUUUCAGCAUCCAGACAUGGGACCAGUACUACUUCUGCUACACUGCAGUCAUCGAGUACGCCCAGCGCCAUGGAAAACUGAGCCCAGUGCAGUGGUCUGACUCGGACAUAGAGACUGACAGUGAAUAAGAGUCACACGUAGGUCUAAAUUCACGGCAGUGGGAGAGCCAAGCUAUGCUGAAAAUAGGAAUGAAAGGCAAAGGAGUGGCUUUCCACAGUCAGGAGACCUGACUGCUGGGCAGAAGAGACAAAGGAUGGACGUCUUGUUUUGGCUCCUGAUGUAACGAUGCACACUCCCACAGUUGCACUUCCUUUACACCCGUGAAUAGAUGGGGGAGUUAAAGAGCUGUGGGAGGAAAACAGGGAGUGUUCUGUUGCGUCACUGAGAGUGCAAACUGUCCUGCAAAUGUGCAAACCUAUUUUCAUUUGGCAAACUUCAGUGGGACUUGGCCUGCCCUGAACCUUGUUGACCAGAGGGUUGUACGAGUUGUAGCAUUUUUAUAUUGACUUGCACAUGAGGAAUGAGACACUUGAACCAUGCCCGUUAGAGUCCUCCAAACCUCCACUUUUCUUUUCGUAUUUCAUGUUCCUUUUCAGCCUCACAGCAGUCAGUGUUCACACUUCAAAUGUCCGGCUGUGAAAAGGUGAAACUUGAAAACUCUUAUUUUUCCUCUUGUGUGUUAACUUUUUUUUUUCUAGGAGGAAAUGGUCAUAAGUUUUAGUGAUGAUCAGUAUGUGAGCCAUUUGGUCCAUUUCAGUUUUUUCUUUUAUUUCCUUUUAUAUUUUUAUGGUGCAUUUUCUACAUAUGUUCCAUGUUUGUGCAUAUGGAGACUAACCUUUUAAGCCAAAGUCCUCUCCCGAAUGCUUGGAUGUACUCAUUGGUGAAAUAUUAUAGACUGAAGCCCGUGUAAUUUCUUGUAACAUACAUUUAUAUAUUGGUGUGCAUUAUAACACAACCUCUGGAAAAGGCAAAAAAUGUCAUUUAUUUGAGUUAACCUUAAAAAGACUUAUCUAUGUAGUAAGCCAGGCUAUGACAAAGUACUGAAAAGAUAUCAAAAUGCAAAUCUGUGAUUUGUCAGGUCUAAACCCCUCUACUCCCCCGGCCCCCAGCCCUGUGUUUUGAUUGGACUUUCCUCAGUACAUGGGCCUUAACUCGAUUCACUGCCUUGUUCUCAGAUUUUAACCAUACCUGCAACUUCAGACUGUGUUAUUUCCCCAUGUCUUCUUCUCUUGUUAGAAAUCUUACUUUAUUGUUGUUUGAUAUUGAGGUGUUCAGCCUCAGAUAAUUGUGCCUUCAAGUUUCCUUAGGUCAAUGUCUCACUCGUAUAGUAAUAACACCCAAGUGUGCACUGGCAUAGUAUACGUAUGUUGACUAUGUGCCACACAGGACACCCAUCCUGCCUACGGUCCAGUACAUCGUACACUACUUCUAAAUAAUGUUACAGUAGUGAGUUAUAUGGGACUAAGCUCUAUCCUGAGACAUGGCUAUUCUUGUAUCAUUUGUCCUCAGGGGGUAAUUCUAGUGUUUUUUGCCCAGUGUCACAGAUCCAUUUCUGGGUUUGCCUCUGGUAAAUUAUCAUUUAAAGAAAAAAAGCUAUAUCAACCUUAUUUUGUAUUUUUUACUGUAUUGUAUCCUAUAAUAUUUAUGUCUUUGUAGAACCUAAAACGAUAUUGAAAUCAGUGAAUGUCGGUACAUUGUUACAACUAGUUAUUUCAUUGGAUAAGCUGAACAAAUCAGAUGGGGAGUGAAGUAUGUGUAAAUAUAUAAGUACAUGUACAUAUAUAUCUACAUGCAUGUAUAUAUGUAUGUAUAUAUUUAUACAUAUAUUCAUAUGCGUGUACGUGUAUAUGUGUACAUAAGUCAAAUAUAAAUAUAUACAUGUAUAUGUGCAUAUACAUAUAUAUACACAUAUGUUCCUAAUACGUAUAUAUGUACAUAUACUGUACAUUACUGUACAUGUACAUUUAUAUGUUGUUCACAAAGAAUCCAUCUCUUGCCACUGUAUUUUCAGAACUGACUUGUAUAAAUGGUAAUUGUUCAUUCUAGAACAAUAGUGAAGUGGUGUUGUUUUUACAGUUUUUUUUUGUCCAUCUUCUCAGUUAAACUGACAUAAAUGUCUUACUGUCUAUUCACAAUGCCAAGGAUAAAGAAAAAAAAUUCAAUAUGAGUGAAAUCGUAAAUAGGACAAGAAACAAGUCUUUCUUUUCCCAAAAAAUGUGGUUGUAAUCUAAUUAAAAAAAAUCAAAAAAAGAUUAGUUUUUACCAGCAUGUUGAGAGAGCCUUGAAUGUUUUCAGGUAAUGAUGUCCAAGCAGUUUUGUCAAGAAAAAUAUGGAUGUUUUGGUGAAUGUGGUCCCUGCACCCCUACUUGCCAAAGGCCCAGGUUCGUCCUGAAGAUGUUUUACUGUCACACGCCCAUUAGCAUGGUUUUAUCAGUGCAGCCAGACUCUGGAGCAGGUAGACACAUUCACCUAGGAUAAUGUAUUGCUCCACAAUAAGCUUUGAGUCUUGGUCCCUUUGCUGUUUUCUUUUCUUUUUUUUUUAUGAGAAAAAGAACACAAUGUGCAUUUGUCAUUGCUGUUGAUUUCAUGUUUAUUUUUGGUCAUCUAAAUUGUUAGGAUUGAAUUACGGCCUUUUACAUGCUGUCAGCCCAGCUGUCCCAUUAAAGCAAUGGUAUUACUAUC